AAUGUACCUUGGUUUGCAACGUGGCGACAUAGACGUCAAGGAAUUAUACAGAAUCUUGAUCUUUCCUAUUUCAUCAAAUUGGUGAUUUGAAACAUCAGACAGUUUGUAAUCGGGAAAGAGAUGGAUGAUCCCUCAGAAGACAGUCGGCCAGGUCAGCCGGGUGUUGUCAAAAAGAUUUUUAUAACAAUAUCCCAGAGAUACCAAACAUUUCUUGACACAACAGUUCCACAUCUUGCGCUACGAUGGAUUUCAACUCUGGUUAUGAUACUGCUGUUUCUCGUCAGGGUACUUUAUCUUCAGGGCUGGUACAUAGUCACAUAUGCUCUUGGUAUUUACCACCUUAACCUGUUUAUCGCAUUCUUGACACCUAAAAUUGAUCCAGCUUUAGAAGAAUUAGGUGAGGAGGACCUAGAAGAAGAUGGGCCUGAACUUCCUACUAAAGCUGAUCAGGAGUUCAGACCUUUUAUCAGAAGGUUACCAGAGUUUAAAUUUUGGUAUGGAGCAACAAGAGCUGUUGUUAUUGCCAUAGCAUGUACAUUUUUUGAAUUUUUUAACAUCCCUGUGUUCUGGCCCAUCUUAGUCAUGUACUUUAUUGUACUUUUUAUCAUCACAAUGAAGAGACAAAUUAAGCAUAUGAUACGGUACCGAUAUCUACCAUUUACUUAUGGAAAACAGAAAUACAAAGGCAAAGAUGAGUCAAGUGAUGUGAUGAAAUCAUAAGGUUAAAGGACAAAAAGUUAUUGUUGCAAAGUUGUACAGUAGAAUUUUUAGUUAUGGCUAACAGGAUGUGUACAUCUGAGUUGAUAAAAAUGCAACCUCAGAACCUCAUCUUUCAUCAUCUG